AUGGCGCUGCUCUGGCAGUGGCUCUUCGCAGUGUCUCAAGCCGUGGGGCAGCUGCGACUUGCAUUUGAAAUUUUCCAAAAGGAACGCAAGACAAGGACCUCCAUGAUGCAAGAGGCGAACAUGAUCAACGCUUUGCUGUUGCACUUCAAGGAUGGACCUGAGCAGCGAGCCAGAGAUGCCGCGAUGAAACCCGAAGUACAUGGUCGCAAGUUCGCUUCCAGCCCGAACCAGUGGUCCGACCCUGUGACACAAGAAUGGGCUUAUGCUUAUGAUGCAGAGGAAACAAUGUUGGAACAAUGGAAGCGUGCGACUCACGCGGUCGGCGGUGUCCGACCAGACCCAACCUGGCACAAUGAGAUCAUCUCGUAG